CGGUGCACCCAUUAACGCUUUGGAUUAGAACCGCAAAAUAACCUUACCAAACAACACAGUCAUUGAAUCUGCGCUCCCAGAAUUAUUGAAAAUAAAUUUUGUAAAUUUAAUCGUUACAUGACACUACGAGUGACAAUAUCAAAGAAUGGACAUUCUACUGGCAGAAAGGUCAUUGCUGUUCCUCCAACAUUUGUUGAAUUUCUUGCAGCAGUUAGUUUGUCACUAGGAAUAAAGGCAAAAAGGGUUUUCAACUGUCAUGGAGGAGAAAUACAUGAUAUUUUAUUCAUAAGGGAUAAUGAAUUACUAUACAUAUCUGAAGGUGGAGAUUUUUGCUCAGAAAGAGAAUGGGUAACCCUUAAUGUUGGUGGAAAAUUGUUCACCACCACUCGAAUGACUUUAACAGCAAAAGAACCCUUCAGCAUGCUUUCACGCAUGUUUACCAUUGAUUCUGGUCAAUUCAACCUUAGUCCGAGCUCGGUAGAUUCCAGCGGUGCCUAUCUGAUCGACCGUAGUCCAACUUACUUUGAACCGAUUUUGAACUAUUUACGUCACGGAAAGUUGAUUCUUGACGUUGGUGUUAAUGUUCAAGGCGUCCUAGAAGAGGCACAGUUCUUUGGUAUUGAAUCACUGGUACCGCAACUUGAAUCUCUUGCCGAUGACGAAAAGCUAAAGAAGAAGCAGCAACCGCUGACCAGGGCAGAAGUUAUCAAAGCUCUUGUUCGUACUUCACCAACCACUGAGCUCCGAUUCCAAGGGGUCAAUCUAGCUGAAGCUGAUCUGUCAAAACUUGACCUGAGAAGCAUCAAUUUCAAAUACGCUUGCAUGCGUGGUUGCAAUCUUUCCGGAGCAAACCUGAGCUGGUGCAACCUGGAACGGUGUGACUUAUCAGGUGCAAAGAUGGACGGAGCACAGCUUCUUGGAGUAAAAAUGCUAUGUGCUAUUUUGGAAGGGGCGUCGCUGCGUGGCUGCAAUUUCGAAGACCCCGCUGGCAGUCGAGCUAAUAUGGAAGGUGUUAACAUGAAAGGGGCCAUUCUUGAAGAAAGUAAUAUGGCCGGUGUGAACCUCCGGGUAGGAACCUUGAAAUACGCAAAUCUUCAAAACUGCACCUUGAGAGGAGCUGUUUUGGCGGGAGCAGACUUGGAGGGUUGCGAUUUAUCUGGAAGCGAUUUACAAGAGGCCAACCUUCGUGGAGCUAAUUUAAAAGACACAACACUGGAAUUAAUGUUAAAUCCGCUUCAUAUGUCUCAGGCUAUUCGUUGAGUUGUCUACUACCAGUCCUCUGUUCGUUUUGAUAACGAAUUGGCGAGCUACUAAGCUUUAUUUUUCACCAAACGUUUUAUUUCAAAUACUAUCCUUUCACAGUUAAUGUUAGUGAUGGACGCUUUACCUUCUAUAUAUAUAUUUUUUUUCCUAUUUAUUGGAUUACGGAAGUCAGAACGUAUUAAUAUUUGAAAAAUUUUCGGUUUGGGCGAUUCGGGGUUCUUGAUUUUUUAAGGAAAAAUAACAAUAUACGUGGAACAUAAA